AUGCUCUUCGAGAAGGUUGUCGCCACCGCGGCGCUUGUGGGUGCAGCUAGUGGCGCCGCCAUUGUGAAGAAGGAGGCCGCCGCGAACAACCUCCUGCUCAAGACCGACCAGUUGGCCGCGACGGCUCUGGCGAAUUUGGGCUUGUAUAUCCAAACCAAUGGCUACAUUUCCGACAGCUGCACCCUCGAAAACGUGUCUGUUCGGAGGGAAUGGGGCGCUCUCUCUGUUGAGGAGAGAAAAGCGUACAUUGCCGCUGUACAGUGCAUCUCCACGAAGCCUUCCAUUACUCCAAGUGAGCUUUGUCCGGGAUGCGAGACCCGUUACGAUGAUUUCGUGGCCACCCACAUCAACCAGACCCUAACCAUCCACGGAACCGGUAACUUCCUCUCGUGGCACCGCUACUUCACUUGGUCGUACGAGCAAGCUCUCCGCAACGAGUGCGGCUAUACGGGCACGCAGCCCUACUGGAAUUGGCCGCAGUACGCUGAAGACCCCCGGCUCUCGCCCAUCUUCGACGGCUCGGACACAUCCAUGUCGGGUGACGGUGUGUACCAGGAGCACAGUCCUGUGUACGUACCAUCGUCCGCAGCACCCUACAUCACCAUCCCGCCAGCGCAAGGCGGCGGCUGCAUAGCGUCGGGCCCGUUCCAGAACUUCACGACCCGCCUCGGCCCCGUAUCCCCCGCCUACACCGACCUGACGACCAACCCGCGCGCUGAUGGCCUCGGCCUGAACCCUCGCUGCGUGCGUCGCGACAUCAACCCUUGGGUGUCGUCGCGUUUCACCAACGACCUCAACACCUCCUCGCUCAUCGAGACGUACGACGAAAUAUCAGACUUUCAGACAGUCAUGCAGGGAGACUUCCCGUCUGGGUUCAUGGGAAUCCAUACAGGCGGCCAUAUGACCAUGAACGGCGACCCUGGUGGAGAUCUCUUUGCCUCGCCCGGUGAUCCUGUCUUCUACCUCCACCACUCGAUGAUCGACCGCGUCUGGUGGACGUGGCAGAACCAAGACAUCGACGCCCGCACUUACGCCGUCGGCGGCACCCUCACGCUCAACAACAGCCCGCCCAGCGCCAACACGACGCUUGACGACGUCCUCGACCUCGCCUACACCGCCGACCCCAUCACCAUCCGCGACGCCAUGAGCACCCUCGCCGGCCCGUUCUGUUAUGUUUACAUGUAG